AUGGAGGCCGUCAGUCUACAACGAAUGCUGCUAGCCCGAUUAGAGGCAGCAGAAGCAGCAGUGUUGGCGACUGUAGAUAUUUCUCCUUCUGAGUUCAAUUCCCGUUGUACCCAUCUUGCAGAAACCAACCCGGAGGUCAAGAAGCUGGUCACCGGCAUGCGACAGAUGUAUGAAGACGCAAUGCAAGGAACCCUCCCUCUCCUCCCCGGACUGGAGGUACCUGAGGAAUUAACACAAGAAAGGGUUUUGCAGAUAUUGCAUAAAAUUCAACGAAGAAAAGAAGAAAAAUUUAGGCAAAUAUUGCAGGCAACCACAGAAAGAGAACUAUCUCCGGAGGGUGCAACUGCUGCAGUGACAGCGCAGCUGCAGGAGAGCAACACAGAAGCAGAACGAUCCGUGCUGCUGGAGGAGCAGCUGCUGCUGUACCACGAGCGCAUGCAGAAGCAGCAGCAGCAGAAGCAGCAGAAGCAGCAGCAGCAGCAAGUGGAGCUGACGCCGAUGGUGUUUCUUCAGGCGAUUGCUACUCACUGCAGAGAUCCUGAGUUCAAGGCUAAGAAAGCUGCAGUAGACCAGAGCCACUCUGAGCACAUCUUUGAUUUGCUACGACGAGGACGAAUGCCGCAGCGAGCAGAGCCUGUAGUUGUUGCUUGUGACAAGAGGCUGCAGCAGUCGACUUGGCCUGAGCUUUCUCUUCGUCUUGAGAGUUGCGAGGGAAUGGAUGCAUAUGUUCUCUGUCUUGUGGCUCCUGCAACCCCUAGCAGCAGCAGCAGCAGCAGCAGCAGCAGCAGUUGCGGUGUAUCUGCACCUCUUAAUUUAUUAGAGGAAUUAUCUAUUUUCUUAGAGGAAGGAGAAGCAGCAAAUUGGGCAUUAGAUCAGCUAACCCCUAUCUGUCUAGACACCGCAGAAAUGCCUCAAGACGCUGGAGUGCAUGCACCUCUAAGGGAGGCUGUUUCUCAAUAUGGGCAUUGCUUUGCUCUAUUUAAGGGGCAGACGCUAAAGGGCAUCUCUCCUUCUGUUAACACCUUCAAGAAAGUUCUUGAGGAAGCCAUCGGCAGCAGCAGCAGCAGCAGCACAGGCAGCAACACCAGCAGCAACAACAGCAGCAGCAACAACAUCAUCAGCAGCAACAGCAAUAGCAGCAACAGCAUCACAAGCAGCAGCAACAAAAGCAGUAACAACAACCUCAGCAUCAGCAGCAACAGCAGCAGCAGUAACGACAGCAGCAGCAAUGACAACAGCAGCAGCAGCAGCAAACCGUCCGCUGAUGAGUCAUCUGGUGUAACUGCUGUCUCAGCAGCAGCAGAUGCAGCUACACCCCAGGCAACCGAGGUAGCAGCAGCACCAGCAGCAGCAGAACCAGAAGCAGCAGCACCAGCAGAAGCAGCACCAGCAGCAGUUGCAGCAGCGGAACCAGAAACAGCAGCAGCACCAGCACAAGCAGCAGAACCAGCAGAAGCACCAGCAGCAGAACCAGCAGAAGCAACAACACUGACAGAAGCAGCAGCAGCACCAGCAGAAGCAGAGGAGGAGGUAGAAGCAACAGAAGCAGCAAAGAAAGAGGAAGCAACGGAAGGAGCAGCAGCAGCAGCAGCAGCAGAAGCAGCGUCAGAAGUGCCCAACUCCCCCCGCAAGAUACAAGCAGCAGCAGCAGCAGCAGCAGCAGCAGCAGGUGACGACGACGAUAUGACUGAGACAGCAGCAGCAACAGCAGCCGAUGCAGCAUAG